ACUAUCAAACGGUAUGACUUGGUUAUUUAGAUUGGUGGGUUGGAUAUAGAGAAGGAGAAUGAUAAUUAUGAAACCAAAAAUGGGUAGAAACUGGGUCAUCUUCCUCCUCCUUGUGACCUCUGGGGUGGUCAUGGCUUCUGCAGCUGAAGUGCUGGUGACCCAAUUCUCUUAUAAUGAAUUCAAUGAGGAGAGGGACACUGGUAGCUUUAAACUUUUAGGGCAGGCCUCCAUUGAUGGUGGAGCUCUUCAGUUAACUCCCGACACCUCCAAUGAUGACUACGUAAAGAUCAACAAAAGCGGCCGCAUUUUCUGGCCUAAAUCUUUUAAGCUGUGGGAUUCCAAUGGCGAUGAAGAAGACGGCAACCUCGCCUCUUUCGUCUCCUUUUUCGUCAUUAACAUCUAUAGGCAACCAAGCUGGAAUGCGGGUGAGGGCUUUGCUUUUGUGAUUGCACCCAAUCUUACCAUACCUGAAGCAAGCUACGGGCAAUGGAUUGGCCUCACCAACGCUACCACCGACGGUGACCGCACCAACCAGAUCGUGGCGGUGGAGUUCGACACGGAAAAGCAAGACUUUGAUCCGGACGACAACCACAUCGGCCUUAAUAUCAACUCGGUUCGCUCAUACACGACUGUCUCUCUCACCCCUUCUGGGAUAGAAAUUUCUCCUGAAGAAGGGACCAACUACAGCGUCUGGGUCCAAUACGAUGGCCAAGCUAAGGUGAUGGAGGUGUACAUGGGGAAAGAAGGGGAUCCCAAGCCGAGCUCACCGCUUCUUAGAGAUACUAUAGACCUCAAACAUUACGUGAAGCAGGAAUCUUACUUCGGGUUCGCUGCUUCCACAGGCUACUCAGCAAUCCAGUUGAACUGCGUUUUGAAAUGGAAGUUAGACAUGGAGAUUUUACCCGGAGACAAAGGGUUCAUGUGGUGGUUGUUGUCCAUACCUGCGGUGAUAUUGAUCUUGGUAGUGGUAGGUGGGAUUGUGUAUCUGAAUUACAAGAAAAGAAGAGAGGGAGGGAAUAGAGAGGAAGGCAAUGUGCUGGGGGACUUGAGGAGGUUGACAGGGAUGCCCAGAGAGUUCAGGUAUAAGGAUUUGAAGAAGGCGACCAAAAACUUCGAUGAGAGUACGAAACUGGGGCAGGGUGGAUUUGGAGUUGUUUACAAAGGCGUUUUGCAAGAGGAUGGUGAUGAUUCCACCACUGAGGUUGCUGUAAAGCAAUUCUCUAGAGACGACAUCAAAGGCAAAGGUGAUUUCAUGGCGGAGCUCACCAUCAUUCACCGCCUUCGCCACAAACAUCUUGUCCGGUUAGUCGGGUGGUGCUACGAGAAAGGGAAGCUCCUCCUAGUCUACGACUUCAUGCCAAAUGGGAGCCUAGACAAGCACCUAUUUGGGGAUCACUAUGAUAAUACGCUGAAUUGGGAACGCCGAUACAACAUAGUUACGGGCGUAGGGUCAGCACUUCUUUACCUGCAUAAUGAGUUCGACCAGAAGGUGGUGCACCGUGACCUCAAAGGCAGCAACAUCAUGCUUGACUCCGCCUUCAAUGCCCGGUUGGGUGACUUCGGCCUUGCCCGAGCCUUGGACAAUGACAGAAGCUCCUAUGCUGAGUUAGAACUAGGUGGGUUCCCAGGAACCAUGGGCUAUGUUGCUCCAGAGUGCUUCCACACACAGAAGGCCACGGUCGAAUCUGAUGUGUAUGCUUUCGGAGCAGUGGUGCUUGAGGUGGUGUGUGGAAGAAGUCCUGGAAGUGAAAUCUCUUACAACCAGCGUCUAUAUAGCUUGGUAGAUUGGGUUUGGAUGUUACAUCGAGAAGGGCGGAUUGUAGAAGCUGUGGAUGAGAGGCUUGGGAACAAUUAUGUGGAUGAUGAAGCAAGAAGACUUCUACUUCUGGGGUUGGCCUGUUCACAUCCCUCAGCCAGUGAACGGCCAGCAACACUGGCCAUUGUCCAGAUUCUAUCAGGUUCUGUCUCAGCCCCCCAUGUACCUCCAUUCAAGCCAGCCUUCACAUGGGCCUCCAUGGCUAGCCUCACCACCCCCACAACCACCAGCAUCAUACUUCCUAGCAUAGCAUCCUUGUCUCCUUAAAUCAAUUGUGGAACUGAGGAUGAUACUGUAAAGGGCUUCAUCUCCUCUCCAUGUUGGGAAUUUUCAAUUUUGUAUAUAUGUAACUAGUUGUUUUAAUAUACUUCUAGUAGUCUUGUGCAUUUGGGAAUUUGCCGCAUUUUCCUGAUCUUCUUCUGUAGAUAGAACCCAAGGCCUUGUUAGAUUGGCAAGUCUUCUAAGGAUCAUGCUGCAAUAGGUUCAUUUCUCUGUAACCAGUUUUGAUAGAUGUACUUGCAAAUUGUUGGUUUCUCAUGGGAAAUCAAGUGAAAUGGGCAUUUUUGUUUUGUUUAGAACUUAACAGUUACACAGCA